GCAGGGCCGGUCAGAGAGAUAUGGACUAGUUGAUUAAGAAGAACUCCUCAGGGACAAACAUACCUGACAAGCACCAUGGCUUUCCAAGUAUUCCAAGGAUAUCAGAAAGCAUUCUUCUCCAUUGUGCUUUUGCUAGAUUGUCUGUCCUGCAAAGUGCUCAGUGAAACCGGAGACUGUAGACAGCAGGAAUUCAAGGACCGGUCUGGAAACUGUGUCCUCUGCAGACAGUGUGGGCCAGGCAUGGAGCUGUCUAAGGAGUGUGGCUUCGGCUAUGGGGAGGACGCGCAGUGUGUGCCGUGCCGGCCGCACAGGUUCAAGGAGGGCUGGGGUUUCCAGAAAUGCAGGCCGUGUCUGGACUGUGCCCUGGUGAACCGAUUCCAGAAAGCCAACUGUUCCUUCACCAGCGACGCCAUCUGCGGGGACUGCUUGCCAGGAUUUUAUAGGAAGACGAAACUUGUUGGUUUUCAAGAUAUGGAGUGUGUGCCUUGCGGUGACCCCCCUCCUCCAUACGAACCCCACUGUACCAGCAAGGUCAACCUUGUGAAAAUCGCAUCCACAGCCUCCAGCCCUCGAGACACAGCCCUGGCCGCCGUGAUCUGUAGUGCGCUGGCCACAGUGCUCCUGGCCCUCCUCAUCCUCUGUGUCAUCUACUGCAAGAGACAGUUCAUGGAGAAGAAGCCCGGCUGGUCUCUGCGAUCACAAGAUAUUCAGUAUAAUGGUUCUGAGCUGUCGUGUUUUGACAGACCUCAACUCAGUAACUACGGGCACAGAGCUUGCUGCAAGUGCCAUCAGAACUCGGCCCAGACCUACGGGCCUGUUCACCUGAUCCCCUCCCUGUGCUGUGAGGAAGCCUGUGGAAGUCCCCGCUCAGCUCUUGGUUGUGGGGUGCAUUUGAAGGCCGCCCCUCAUGAGAGAAGCACAGCCCCAAUUGGGGAGGCGAUGCCGGCUCUCUUUGGGACCCUUUCCCGGUCCACGUGUGGUGAAUAUUCCGACGCUUGGCCCCUGAUGCAGAAUUCCAUGGGUGGCGAUGACAUCUCCUUGUGUGACUCCUACCCUGACAUGACUGGGGAAUGUCGUCCCCUUGAUCCAGACAACGAAAACUCAGUAUCUUUGGAUUCAAACAGUCAAGAAGUGGUUGGGGGAGCUGUUCUCCUUUCAGCUCAUUCUGGAAGCUUCUCAGGACCUACUGACUUCUCCAGAUACAAGGAUACAACCAUGGACUCCACGCUGGCUCAGGAUGCACUGACUGCUCAAAGCCAGCUAAGUCAGGAGGUUGGUGACACCAUGCAGUUAACCACCCUGCCAUCUUGUCAGGUGAGGCACCGGUUUGUGGUAGAUUAG